UGCUCAACACAAGUGGCUGAAAGAGAUUGUUUGCCUCGGAGCAUUUACCAUGAUACUCAUAUUUUGCGAAGAAACACAUUUUGCUUUCAGACCUUAAGAAGACUGGAGCUAUUCGGUGUUUCUAAACAUUUAUGUGGCAACAGCCACUGCUGACAAUUUGCCCGUUUUUCAGCGCUCGCAGCUGUUCGCAAAGCCUGCACUUCUCUCAUAAAACUAUAAACCCAGGCAAAAUCACAAAUCCCUCUCCUUACCCGUCUUUCCAGGCCUUCUGCGUGUGUACACACCCUCAAGAAAGAAAUCUUUUUCCUUUGCAAUUACCUCCAAGUCAUUUAAGGCCGCCUGGAGGCCGGCCGCAGAGCCAGGCCUUUCCCGCAGCCAUUUGCGGGGCCCCCCCGCCGCCCUGCGGUACCCCGCGCCCCGCCGGCCGCCGCCAGGGCCGGCCCUUCCGCACAGCGGUGCCGGGCCAGGCCGGGGCCACCGAGGGACGCCGCUCUCCGCGGCGGCCCGCCCCGCCAUUAACUCGGGGGCCGGUUCCGCACUUCCCCCCUGUCCCGGCGGACGCGGCCCGCUCUGCCACCCGCCCGCCCCCGGCGGUGGGAGGAGCGGGGAGCGGCCCCGACCCCGCGGCGGCCGGAAUCGUGGGCGGCCGAGCAGGCGGAGUCACCGCGGCGGCGGACAGCUGCGACAUGUCGCACCCGUCCCCUCUCGCCCGGCCCAGCAAGCCCUGCAACCCCCGCGCCUUCUUCGAUGUGGACAUCGGGGGCGAGCGAGUUGGACGCAUUGUCUUUGAAUUAUUUGCUGACGUCGUACCUAAAACUGCUGAAAAUUUCCGUGCGUUAUGUACAGGAGAAAAAGGAACAGGGCCUACCACUGGAAAACCUCUCCAUUAUAAAGGAUGUCCUUUCCACAGAAUUAUUAAGGAAUUCAUGAUCCAGGGUGGAGAUUUCUCAAACCAAAAUGGCACAGGUGGAGAAAGUAUAUAUGGUGAAAAAUUUGAAGAUGAAAACUUUCAUUAUAAGCAUGAUAAACCAGGGCUGCUGAGCAUGGCAAAUGCAGGACCUGGUACUAAUGGCUCUCAGUUCUUUAUUACAACGGUGCCUACUUCUCACCUGGAUGGGAAACAUGUGGUGUUUGGCCAAGUGAUCAAAGGAAUGGGUGUAGUUAAAAUAUUAGAAAACGUUGAAGUAAAUGGAGAAAAUCCUGUUAAGUUGUGCGUCAUCGCAGAAUGUGGAGAGCUAAAGGAAGGAGAUGACUGGGGCAUUGUUCCCCAGGAUGGAUCUGGAGAUGCUCAUCCAGAUUUUCCUGAAGAUUCAGAUAUAGACUUGAAAGAUGUUGACAAGAUUGUGGCCAUAGCAGAAGACAUAAAGAAUAUAGGAAAUACUUUCUUCAAAUCGCAAAAUUGGGCAGUGGCAGCUAAAAAGUAUAGUAAAAGUUUACGGUAUGUAGAAGCUUCUGAAGCAGUGGCAGAGGAGGCAGACAAACCGAAGUUGAAGACUGUUGCAUUGACCUGCGUUUUAAACAUUGGCGCUUGUAAACUAAAACUGUCGGAUUGGCAGGGAGCCAUUGAAAGUUGUUCAGAGGCUCUUAAAAUAGAUCCAGCAAAUACUAAAGCUCUCUACAGACGGGCUCAAGGAUGGCAGGGAAUAAAAGAUCUCGAUCAGGCAUUGGCUGAUCUUAAAAAGGCUCAUGAAAUAGCCCCUGAAGACAAAGCUAUCCAGACGGAAACACUCAGAAUCAAGCAGAAGAUAAAAGCGCAAAAGGAGAAAGAGAAGGCAGCUUAUGCUAAAAUGUUUGCUUGAUUUUUUUUUCUAAACUUUUAAAUCUAUGCACUAACUCAUGGAAAAGGAUAAAGGGAGCUGCUUCUUUCGUUUGCCCUGUACUGCAGUUUUCAGUGUUUACAACUCAAAAGUCUAAUAAUAAAGACAAACUGUUCAAAGGUGAA